CAUGUGGAGUCGGAGCGCAGCGCCCUCAAGAGGAGAGAGUGGGAACGGCGCACACAGGAGGUUCAGCAGGACGACGACCUGUUCUCCACCGGAUUCAACCUGUUUGGAGAACCCUACAAAACGAGUAAAGGCGACGCGUUGGCGAAUCGCGUUCAGAACACUCUGGGCUCCUACGAAGAGAUGAAGGACCUGCUCACCAACCAGUCCAACCAGACGCACUUAGUGGGCGUGCCCAAAGGGGGCGGGCCCAACAGCCUGCAGACCCCGCCCACCUCUCUACAAACCCCGCCCGCUUCCCUACAGACUCCUCCCACCUCCCUCCUGACUCCUCCCACCGCCGCCACCGAGCGAACGACGACGGAUCGACCCCCCGCCGCCGCCUCCGCCGAGCAAGACGCGCCCGCCGACAAGAGACUCAACAUGCAGCCGCCGCCCGCCAACCCCCCCGGGUCGGGGGGAGGUCAGGGCGGCAGGGGCGGGAGGGGCGGAGGGGGCGAGGAGCAGCCGAAGCCGGACGAGCUGUUCGGACCAAUCAGAGAGGAGCAGAGAGACAGUAGCCCCGCCUCCUCCGCGUCAUCCGGGUCGUCAGGGGGGCGGAGACACGCGAAGCCCCUCCCCCUCACAGACGGGGGCGUGUUUCGCUCUUCCACGAUGGACGCCGGACAUUUCAAGUCUUCCUCUGAAAACGUCGCACUUUUGAACAAAACGUCGCCGUUCGAACACGACUCCCCGCUCGCCUCCACCUCCCUCCUGACCACGCCCACCGCGGGACUGACCACGCCCACCCCUGGACUGACCACGCCCACCGCGGGACUGACCACGCCCACCACGGGACUCACCACGCCCACUUUCCCUCCUGGCCAAAGUCUUUCGGGGAAGCCUCUGUCUCUGCAGCAGAAGCCCACUGCCUACGUCAGGCCCAUGGACGGACAGGACCACCCCCCCAACGCCUCGCCCCAACUCAAGCCCCCCCUGGUGUCCACAGAGGGGUACAGCAGCAGCGCGCAGGGCUUCAGCUGCAGCGGGAACAACGCCAAGAACAAACUGCCCAAACUGACGCUGGCGCAUACGACAGAGGUGGGUUUGCAGAACGACCCGAGUUGUGUGGAGGAAAUCCUCAGGGAGAUGACUCACUCGUGGCCUCCUCCUCUCACGGCGAUUCACACUCCGGUCAAAGCAGAACACACCAAGUUCCCCAUCCCCACCAAGAGAUGCAGCGUCGCGGCGAACAAACCCACAACCAAAACCACCGCUCCACAGAAAUCGAUGCUGGAGGACGACCUGAAGAUCAGCAGCGACGAAGAGGAGAACGAACAGCAGGUGUCAGAGAAACCCAAAGUCAGAAACUCUGCGCUGAGCGGGGGAUCUGGGAGCAGCAGUGAGUCAGAGAGCAGCUCCGAGUCUGAAACCGACGAAUCAGAAUCAAGCUCCAGCGACACCACCACACCUGAGCCUGAUCCUCCGUCGUCAAACAAGUGGCAGUUGGACAGUUGGUUAAACAAAGUCCAGGCUCAGCCCCGAGCUGCAGCGCCCCCUCAGGACACUCAUGGAACAGGUUCUCUCCCCCAGCCCUCGGAGCCCUUCUCCCCGGACUCAGAGGCUCCGAUCCUGGGGACUCCGGGGAAGACCAGGCCCUGUGGCUCCAGCCCCGGAGUGUCCAGCUCGGAGCACAAAGAGAGCAGGAGCGCCACCAGCUCGGCGCGAGAGAAGUGCAGGUCCAGACUCGGGCAGAAGGGGGCGUCGGAGGCUCAGAGGGCGAAGGUCAGGCUGUCCCCGGGGGUCGUGUCGGGGUCAGAGGUCGCGACCCCGAGGAGGGCCACCACGGGGAGGAAGCAGCCGCGUCGGAUCACCGGAGAGGAGAGGACGAGUAACGCGGACGAGCCGAGCUGGACCAGGCCACAGCACAGUCCAGUGUCCAGGGACAAAGACGUGUCCUCGGCCCGUCCCCCGGAGCUCCUGUCCCCCCCGAAGCCCCGGAGCCGACCCCCCGGAGGGAAAACGGCCCCGAGGAAAGAGCCCAGGACCACGGCCGCCAACAACAACAACAACAACAUCGCGCCCGCACCUGUCGCACCUGUCUCCAGCUCCUGCCAGGAGAGGAGGAAGCACCGAGGCCCGAGCUCCAAAACGACGCCCAAGUCCCGCGAGUUCAUCGAGACCUCGUCCUCGUCCUCCUCCGACAGCCCGUCCGAUCCCGAGGAAAACUGCUCCAAAACGCCGCACCAGACCGCGCUUCCCGCUCCGCCCCUGGCCCCCCGAGCGCCGCCGCCCCACGUGCACGCCCCCGUCCCCCACGUGCACGCCCCCAGCGCCCCCUCGUUCGGCGGGAAGGGCCUCCGGGUCGGGAACGCCGCCAACGUCAGCGGGCACUUCGGGAUUUCCGUGCCGGAUCCGGGGGGGCUGCUGGCGAACAAAACCCAGGAGCAGUUUUCCCCGGAUUCCGUCGUGAACGAGAUUCCGUUGUCGCCGCUGCCGAGGGACGAGAUCCGGAGCCUGUGGGUGAAGAUCGAGCUGAGUUUGUUGAGCAGGAUUCCGGGACAGAACGGAGGAUUCUGGACGAGGGAGAGGACGAAGUUUGGGAAGGAGAGACCGGAAGAGGAAGAGGAGGAGGAGGAGGAGGAGGAGCGGGAGAGGAGGAGCGUCCCGGAGGAAAACAACACGACCACGACCACGACAACCAAGACCAACGGGACGAACCAGAGACACAAGAGCAAGAGGAAGCACAAGUCGGAUCACACGGAGUCGACCAGCAGCAAAAAACUGAGACUGGACAAAGAGACGCUGCUGCCUCCAUGUAUCUCCCCUGUCCACAAGAACGAUCAUUGUUUUCUCUUUUCUCUCAGGAGGAAGCUGAGUCGACAUCGUGAUGAUAAACUCCUUCCUCCGCUCCUGUCUCCUCUGUCCGACGAGCCCCCGAGAAGACCUGGUCUAGUCCUGGGUCCUGGUCCGGUCCCCGGUCUGGUCUCUGGUCCUGGUUUAGUCCUGGGUCCGGGUUCGGUCUCUGGUCCCGGUCUGGUUCCAGAGGGAUCUUCUUCAGUCCUGUCCUCCAGCUCACAUCGACAUCGGAGAGGAGAGAGCAAGAACCACAGGACGACAGAGUCUGACCCUCACAGUGAAAAGUCCAGUGGAGACUCUUAUAAUCCCGGGUCCGGUUACAAUCCUGGAUCUGGGUCGGACUCUGAGGUCUGGACCGAGACGUUGGACCAAACCGAACCGAGCCGCCCCAGGAUCUCCUUCAGCGACACACUUCACAGCGCAGACUUCCACAUGCAGGAGGCCAAGAGGCUCAAGCACAAAGCCGACAAACUGUUGGAUAAGUUCGGUAAAGCGGUGAACUACGCGGACGGCGCUCUGUCGUUUAUCGAGUGUGGAAACGCGAUGGAGCGAGGCCCCCUGGAGGCCAAGUCCCCGUACACCAUGUACUCAGAGACCGUGGAGCUGCUCAGAUACGCUCUGAGGUUGAAAAACUUCAGUUCUCACUCGUCUUCCACCAACGAGAAGAAACUGGCCGUGCUGGUGAGACUCCCCCCCCCCCUCUCUCCUCUCUCUCUCUCUCUCUUCUCUCUCUCUCUCUCUCUCUCUCUCUCUGUCUCUCUCUCUCUCAUUUUACACUUUCAGAAUUCGGCCAAAGGUUCUCAGCAGUCUCCGUGGAGGACCAACGCAAAAGUGAACGGAGCGCCGUCCCCCCUCGCUCUUAGCCCCUCCCCCGCGGGAAACGGGGCGGGGCCAGGCUCAGGGGGCGGAGUCGGCGGAACGGGAACGGGAAGCGUGUCGAUUCCUCAGAGGAUCCACCAGAUGGCGUCGAGUCACGUGACCAUCACCAACAACAUCCUGCGAAGCUACGAGCACUGGGAGACCGCGGACCGCCUCAGCGCCGACUGUACAGAUUUCUUCGUGGAGCUGGACUCUGUGAUGGAGCCUCUGACGCAGCAGAGCAGCAUGAGCGCCCUCGUCAGGUACGUCCGACAGGGCCUCACCUGGCUGCGGAUCGACGCCAACCUCACCUGAGCGGCGCUAAAGCUGGAAACAAACCCACAAGGACUACAACUCCCACCACAACGCCAACCAUAAAACUACAACACCCAGGACUACAAACAAGAGGUGCAAUGAACUACAACUCCCACCACACUGCCCAGGACUCCAGCAGGGGCUCACCUGGCUAUGCUAUGCUAACAGUACUGCUGAAACUACAAAACCAAGGACUACAACUCCCACCACACUGCCAAAGACGUGCUCGUCUGAUAAGUACAUCACAAAAAACUACAGUUCUGACAAG